AUGACCGAACGAAAGAGUUCUGAAUCUGCUCACCGCUUGAAGCGCGGCACGAGACUAAUAUCGAAAUCGACCAAGACAUCCGCGAAUACCGUCGUCACUCCACCGAAAGCCGCCAUCGCUGCUCCAAAUGCGAGAAAAGACGAAGUACACCGACGCAAAUACCCCUUCAAUGAUAUGCUGAAGCGCAAAAGUGGAGGUGUGGUAGAUCUCCCGAGCGAUACCGCACCUUCAGGGCCCAGCAAUGAGUUCAUCAACAGACCAGAGAUGCUGCCACCAGGCGACGAUGCUACGCGGAUAUCACAUAGAGUCGCGGACCUCGAAAGAGCUCUGGCGAUCGCGAAAGAAGAGCAGGAGAUGGCCAGAGAAGAUUUGUCGAGACUGAGACAUUCUGGACAAGCAGAUCAGGACGCAAUUGAGGAACUCAGGCAGCAACUUGCUGAGAAGAGCUCGAAUACGGGUGAAGCCUCGGUUGGCGGGUCGAGUGGCCUCCGAAGAGACACUGGAGUGCCGGGAGACUCAGGGAAAGGGAGGGAAGAUGCUUUGCGCCAGAACUCAGAUUUGCGCUACCGAGUUGCGCAACUCGAAGAACAGCUCGAAGACCAGCUCUCAUCGCAUGACGGAUUGUAUCCACGCAGCCUUGACCGACCGCAGUCAAGAGGGGAGGCAGACAACCUGCGGCUACGCCUCCAUGCCGCCGAAAAAGAGUCGCAAGAGAGGCUCCAGCAGCUUCUGGCGCUCAAGUCAAGCAUAUCUUCGCUCACGCGUACGGAUUCGCAAAUCACAGACAGCGAGCUCGCAGAAUCGUUCUCUCAACUUGCAAAUCGCGUGCGAGAAUGGACUGUCUCGAACUUUAGGCGGUCAAGAUUGAACCUCGAUAACCUUCCAAAAGAGACUGAAGAUGUGCUUCGCGCAUUGAACCCGCAAUACAGGGCUAGUAUACAGAGCACGGAUAAGCUUGCCUUGUACCAAGCCGUUAUCUCGAUAUCACUUAUGCAAAUCUUCGAUAGUCCGAUCGUGUUUGGGCUGCCUAGCACAGGUCCAUUGGGGGCGCUGCGACAGUUUGCUGAGCGCACACAACACCUUGGUACUGCACAUCGAGAGUGGGUGCGUGCUACGGUACAAGUCCUUGAGCGCAGCGAAGCAAACGGAGAAAUCCAGAAAGAGAGCGAAGCCUCGAUACAUCGACUCGCCGGAGAGGCCAGCCAUAUACUCUUCACGCUGACUUCUGUGAGUCUUGCGCCCAACGCACAGUCAACGUUGGCCGGUAUGUUGAAAGACGCAAUGGGCCUGCAACGAACACUUGCUCUGCAAAAGGCACGUUACAAGCUACUCUUCUUUCGCCGACAAGACGACAAUAUGCAGUUCGAUGACCGUACCAUGGAAACUGUAAACGACAUUGAUCCCGCCAUGGAAGAUGAUACUGACAUGGAAGUUGAUCGCAAGUUUCUGUUCUGCGCUUUUCCAGGCCUCAUAAAGUACGGGGAUGAGUGGGGAGAACAUUCUGAGAUGAGCAAUGUAGUAUUGAAAGCGAGGGUGUGCUCUUGCGUGAGUUGA